AUGGUGACCCCCGCGCUUCGCCAGACCCCGAGCCAGCAUGCUAACGAAGGUAGGCCGACAUGUGCCCGGUGCCGCGAGACCGGCAACGAAUGCACCUGGCCGCCCCAGCUGCAGCGUGGUCCCGCCAAGGGCUACCUGGAGGCCAUCGAGGCCCGCCUGGAUGACGUUGAGCACAUUCUUCUCCAGGUCCUGCCCCUGGUCCCCUCCGACCAGCUGCUGAGCUCCGUGACCUGCCUCAAUGACUCCGCCGGCCAUCUCGUCGAGAGCAACCAAAAGCGCUCCACCCAGGAAAAGAGAGCCGCCCUUGACUACUGGGCCUCGUUCCCUCUCAACUCGCCUCACGCUGUCUUGGCCUGGUACAAUGACCGCUCGCGCCGUGACUCGAACCGCAGGGCACAUCAGCCCCCGGCUUCCGCCAUGGACAUCAGCUCCACUCCCGCCGCGCCCUCCGACACUCCCAGAAGCACUCAAGUUGCCGAAGCUCCCAUGGAGGACGCAACCCACCAUCCGCCCGAUCCAGCCAGCUUGAUGACAGGACCAUGGCCCAACCACCAUCCAUCCCAUGCCGCAGACCCGCAGCCCGGGAACGCCUCCGAGGCCUCUGCUCGGGGUCCUGCUCUCCAAGCCAACCAGGAUCCCACCAGUGUUCAUCCGCAAAUCCAAGACCCUCCAUCCAUCUCCGACUCAGGACGUGGAGGUGGCUUUGAGCUUUCCGAUGAGUUUCACGCAAAAUUCCUCUGGUGA